AACUGACAGCUCCCUUUCAAAAUGUUGCUCGCACGUGUUGUCAAUAUCCCUCGCAAAGUAAUCAAAUAAAUAAUGGAAGAGCACUUCACAAGAAUCGUUCAGCAUGUUUUCAACAACUGGACUGCCUUAAAACUCGCUGUGGAACAUUCUAUGGGCGGUGCGAACAGUAAGCAAACAGCGGUAGAAUGUUUGAAUUACAUGGUGCAGUUUUGUUUGUACGAGCAAAACGUGCAAGUUGAAGAUAUUCAAGAUGCUUUGGAAGACGUUUUAGAUCAAGAGUUUGACAUGAUUUGUGAAGAUGACUCUCCGAAAGAAAUUGCGCAUAUAUUGUUUAAAUUCUUGCAAAUACUGCAGCAAGGGACAAUGGAACAAUUAGAAGAGGAAUAUAAGAAACUACCCACUUCAAAUCAGGAAUGGCUGAGCUUAAGUCAACCACAAGUUAACCAAGAAGUUCCUGUUAAUGAAAGUUCUUCAAGUGAUGAUGAUGAGGCAGGAGGAUCAAAACAAACUCCAAUGGAACAAGACGAGUGGACAGAGGUAAAGUCGAGGAGGAAAAAGUAGUUUUAAGAAUAAAUUUUACAAAAAACAA